AUGAGUUUAUUUAGCUUGUUUCUAAUAACAAUCCUAUCUACUUUAGCUAACAAUGCACAAGCUGAAACACACACAUGGUACUUUGAAGUUACCUAUGUUGAUGCAAAUCCUGAUGGCCGUUUUAAUAGAACUGUUGUUGGGUUUAACAAUACUUGGCCAUUGCCAACUUUAGAGGUCGAUAAAGGAGAUAGGGGAAUCAAAAUACCUCCACAUUUUCAUGGCUUAUUUCAAAAUGGUUCAAAUCAAAUGGAUGGACCAGAAAUGGUUACACAAUGUACAAUUGUUCCGGGUCAAACAAUGUUAUAUAACUUUUCCGUUGGUAACCAAGUUGGUGCUUAUUGGUAUCAUUCACACACAAAAGGACAAUACGGCGAUGGCAUAAGAGCAGCAUUUAUUAUUCACGAUUCUGAUUUUCCAUAUGAUUACGAUGAGGAAACAGUUAUAACGGUUAGUGAGUGGUAUCAUGAUGAUUCUGCAACUCUUGAUAGAUCUUUUUUAAACCUUUAUAAUCCCAUAGAAGCUGAGCCAAUUCCACAAAAUCUUUUAUUUAACGAUACAAGAAAUGAUUCUUGGGUUUUCGAGCCAGGAAAGACAUACUUGGCACAUAUCAUUAACAUUGGUGCAUUUGUUUCUCAAUAUCUGUAUAUUGAAAACCAUACAAUGACUGUUAUUGCUGUUGAUGGUAUUUAUGUUCAACCAAGUGAAUACUAUGUUGAUUCAAUUGACGAUUUUCUUGAUGAUUUUUAUUUGCAGCCCUUAAAAGAGGAAGAAAUUUAUGACGAUUACGAUUUUGAAACUACUGUUGAUGUUGUGAUGGAUAAUCUUGGAGAUGGCAUUAACUAUGCGUUUUUCAAUAAUAUUACUUAUGUCAAACCCAAAGUUCCAACUUUAAUUACUGCAAACUUUGAAGAUAAAUCAGAUCUGAUUGCUUUCAAUGGGUCGAAUCAUGGAGGUUGGCCAGAAUAUCCAAUGAGAAGAGACACUAUUUAUGUGAGACCACAGUCAUAUUUUGUUAUUAGAUUUAGAGCUGAUAACCCAGGUGUUUGGUAUUUCCAUUGCCAUAUUGAAUGGCAUUUAAGUCAGGGUUUAGCAUUAACAAUAAUUGAGGCACCAUUGGAAAUACAGAAAAAUGAAAAUCAGCAAUUGACAGAAAACUAUGCUAGCAUUUGCGAAGCAGCAGGUAUUAGUCUUGUUGGAAAUGCAGCUAGUAAUUCGGAAGAUUUUCUUGAUUUAAGUGAUGAGGAUGUUCAACCCAAACCACUACCAGGUGGAUUUACUGCUAGAGGUAUUGUUGCCUUGGUAUUUUCAUGCGUUACUGGUGUUUUGGGUAUUUUCAUGAUUAGCGUUUAUGGUUUAUCUGAUAUUAAAAACAUUGAGGAAAAAGCUUCUUCAACUGGCGAGGGAACCAACCCCAAAGGCAAUCUUUCUUAA